AUGAAGCGGACAGUGGCGCUGUACUUGAGCAAAGCAUUUUCAUCACGCUCAACUCACGUAACUCCCGCCAUCGACUUUCAAUUCAGUGAUGAAUUUAUUCAGAAGCACUGUAAGAGGCUUAAUCGGUGGGAAGCAGAACUUUUGAAAGCACAGCAGCAGCGCACGUAUAACUUCUGCAAGUCUUAUUCCAAAACAAUACAAUACUUAUGGAAGCUGGAAAAGUUGUUCUCGCGUAGCGGACAAACUGUUGUUCCAAUUGGUAGCUGUGUGAAUGGGCUGAAGAAGGACAAUUCUGAUCUGGACGUUGUUCUUAUCACUCACGAAGAUGCUGAUAGAAGAGCAGAGUUCGACAGAAAAUUUGUGAACGUCGAGAGCUUCAGAAGCGCUCAGAUGAAUAAAGUUGCUGUUAUUCUGAACGGAUCUAAGCUUGUUCAAGCGGGGUCAGUCCAAAAACUUGUAUUUUGUAACGUGCCAAUAGUGAAGUUCCGCAGUCGUGAUGGAACUAGUGUCGACCUUCAAUUCAACAACGUUGGUUCUAUUCGUUCUUCGCUUUUUGUUAAAACAUGUGUUGAGUGGAGUAUAGUCGUGCCCAUUGUCAUUCACUGGAUCAAUUCCUUUUUCGAUCUGAUUAAGCUGAAAGACAGCCGUAAUGGACUUUUUUCCUCCUAUCAUCUCAACAUGCUGGCUUUACACUUCCUUCAGUCUGCUCCAAUGUCGUUCUGUCCGGACCUGUUCACUCUCCACCCACAACUGCAUCCUUCGUUUUCAUGGCGCACUGUGGCUAAGCUUUUAACUGCGGAGGUCGAUGCCGAGCACAUUUAUGCCCGCGAGCUGCAAGAUAUUUCGGUCGCUGAGACCAUUGUGAAAAUGAUUGAUUAUUACAGUCAAUUCGAUCUGCAACAGACAGCUAUAGGCGUAGAUGGAAAGACUUAUGAAAGGUUAGAGUUCUCUUUUCGAACACGAUUGAUUGUGAUG